AUGCUUCCCAUCAUCAACCUCAGCUUCUUCCUCCUCCUCCUCGGCCUUCUCCCCGCAGCCACCCAGGCAGCAAGCCUCCUCCUCCGUGUCCGCGACCUCAUCCCCACCGAAUCAUGCUCCCUCCAAGGCCUCCGACUCGGGCGUCAACUCCACCGACCUGCAAGCCCCUCGCCGUCGCCCUCAAGCAAAAAACACGUCUCACCACCGGCCCCCCCGUCGACGACAGCCAUCCUCAUCAAAGGCCCUCCCACGCCGCCCUCCUUCUCCGCCCGGCAACCGCCGCCGCCUGCAGUCCAGAACAACUUUCUCUUUGGAAAAACGUCCCACUUCGCGCGCUCCGACAUUGCCGACGCCAUUGCCAAGAGCUUUAUUAGCUGUUGUGAGGGGACGGAUGAUUUUUGCAACAACAAGCCGUUUAGCACGAUGAGUGGCGACACGGGGCUGACGGCCAUUGUGCAGAUCCAGAAUCCGGAAGAGGAGUGCAAGAGCCCGAAUGGCGGCGCCGAGGGCAAGCUGGAGGAUGCCGAGGUGAUUGGCAAGACGGCCAAGUUCUUUGCCGACCUGUUCAGCGCGUUCAGGGGGUGA